AUGAUGAACAUCACCAGGCCAACCACCAGGCGAAGUCAUGGUGCUGCAUCAACUGUCGACCCGUCCCCACCGCCACCGAUCCCCACCAAGACAGUAGCUGAACGCAAUGGCGCAGAUACCGGUGACGCCGUCGAUAGGACAAGCCUCUGCGACCUACCAGCAGAAAUUUGGAGUAAGAUUGGCAAGCUUACAAUCGACGUCGAGACCACUAUCACACAGACUGAGUUGGUCGUCUGGAUGAGCCAUAAGCCAGGCAAUCCUCGCAUGCACCAACCUGGCAUCACCCGCGCCUGCAGAAUCCUGCGCGAAGAGCUUUGGCACGGCUGGACCUCGGACGACUUCGGAAUGUCUCUUCAUGAUAUCGGAAGGGCGAAUCGACGCAACAUUCAGCAAGCUUGGGUUCACGAUUGGAGGGCGAAGGAAGAUCAGCUCGAGGAGCUGGCACACCAGACAUGGGAUGUGCCGUUCGAGAUGGUCCUGGACCAGGCAGGUGACGGACUCGGUCAGGUGUCAGACCAGCGCUGGAGGAUCAAAUUUCUAUGA